AUGAGCUCCUUCGACCUCCCAGCGCCCUCCCCGCCCCGCUGCAGCCCCCAGUUCCCCAGCAUCGGCCAGGAGCCCCCCGAGAUGAACCUCUACUACGAGAACUUCUUCCACCCCCAGGGCGUGCCCAGCCCUCAGCGGCCCCCCUCCUUCGAGGGCGGCGGCGAGUACGGGGCCACCCCCAACCCCUACCUCUGGCUCAACGGGCCGGCCAUGACCCCUCCACCUUACCUGCCGGGCGCCAGCGCCAGCCCCUUCCUGCCCCAGACCUACGGGGUGCAGAGGCAGCUGCUGCCCGGCGUGUCCGGGCUGGGGGGCGGCGACCUGGGCUGGCUGCCUAUCCCCUCGCAGGAGGAGCUGAUGAAGCUGGUGCGGCCCCCCUACUCCUACUCGGCGCUCAUCGCCAUGGCCAUCCACGGGGCACCCGACAGGCGCCUCACCCUCAGCCAGAUCUACCAGUAUGUGGCCGACAACUUCCCCUUCUACAACAAGAGCAAGGCCGGCUGGCAGAACUCCAUCCGCCACAACCUGUCUCUCAACGACUGCUUCAAGAAGGUGCCCCGUGACGAGGACGACCCAGGCAAAGGGAAUUACUGGACCCUGGACCCCAACUGUGAGAAGAUGUUCGACAAUGGAAACUUCCGCAGGAAGAGGAAGAGAAAAUCGGACGUUUCCUCCAGUACGGGCUCCUUGGCCUCGGAGAAAACGGAGCCCAGUCUCCUGGCAGGCAGCCCCAAGACCACGGAGGCCCAGGACAUCUUGGAUGGUGCUUCGCCGGGUCCCACCAGCUCCCCAGAGAAGCAGCCCUCGCCGCCCCCGCCGGGAACCCCGUGCCUCAACAGCUUCCUCUCCACCAUGUCAGCCUAUGUGAGUGGGUCAAGCCCCGUGGGCCGCCCUGUGACCACGCCGGGACUGAGCCCGGAGCCCGCUGACAAGGUGGGGCAGAACUUGCUGAACUUCAACUCCUACACCCCACUCACCAACUUCAGUGGCCACGCGGGCGGGGGUGAGUGGGCCAGCCCCACACCCAGCAAUGCUCUGGGCUACGGAGGCUCCGUCUUCAACCAGUUCAGCCCUCACUUCUACAACAGCGUCAACACAAACAGCAUCCUCUACCCCAGGGAGGGCACCGAGGUCUAG